AUGUCUGGAUCACAGAAGACUCUGACGGUAAGACAAUAUAAAUCUGGCAGGUGGAGCACGCUCAAGAAUCGCAGGCGAUCGGUGAAGGAAGCGCCAUGGAUGGAGAAAAAACGAAGCAGUUCCGCCGAACGUCCUCCAGUGCCAAGUGCCCAGGCCGAUGAAGAGGAAUCUGCAAUGACAAAGCAUAACGAAAAUGAACAGGAGAAAAAUCGAUUCAGAGAGAAAAAGAUUCCCGGGGAUGAGCAUCCGUUCCAUUUGGUCGUUUUGGAGAGAGGACGCAUCAAAAGAGAGAAUGAAGCCGACAAAUCAGCGAUGGACGUCGAGGAGACUAAAAAGUUGUUCAAAUUUCUGUGGACUAGUCCUGACAAAAAUGAAACUGCCCUCUGA